AACAGCCACUCCUCUUCAGCAGAAGCCUCAGCGGGUGUUUCCUGAGGGCAAGCAGACGAGCUGAUCAGAUCCAACAUGAGCUCUCAGGAGGAGAAAAAAUACGACCCCAGAGACGCCACGCUGAGAUUUGUCAACAGACCUGAUGAUCUGGAUCCACUUCCCCCUGACGAAGGAGACCUGGGUCUCAGAGCUGAAAUGUCCUGUGGUCAUGCCGUCACCCCACAAUCUCUCACCGGGUGGUGCCGCAGCCUGUUGGAUCAGGGCCAGCAUAAGUUCAAGUGUCCUGCCUUUGUGGUUGAAACCCAGCAGCUGUGUAACGCUGAGUGGUCGUACCAGGAAGUGCGCCGGCUUGCAGCCCUCACAGUUGAUGAAAUGCAGCACUUUGAGGAGAACAUGGCUCGCAUGGCUCCUGCAGAGUUCUGUGACUUUACCACAUGUCCUGGUUGUAAGUCCUACGUGGAGAGAGAGGACCUGACCAACCUCUGUGUGGAGUGUUUAGUGUGUGAAGCAGAUAAAAAGGACACGUUCCAGUUCUGCUGGCAGUGUUUGAGGACGUGGAAAGGUGCAGUUCCACGCUCUGACCGCUGUGACAAUGAUGGCUGCAUCAACCAAGACCUGGAACUGCUCAGGACCUGUAAGACCACCACCCUCCGUGAUGUGCAGGGAGCUGAUCCUGUUCCCUCCAUCCGGGCCUGUCCCACCUGUGGUCAUAAGGUGGAGCACGACAAGACGGGCUGCAAGAACGUCAUCUGUCCUCGCUGUCAGGUGGAGUUCUGCUUUGUGUGUCUGAAAAUCACUCCUGUGUGUCUGGAGACCAGUUCCUACUUCAUCCCCUGCAGUGAUGGUGUGGCUCCCAGACAAACAUCCAUACCUGUGUGGAAAAGAAACUAAAACUUUUCACUUGCAUUUAUUUCUCCAGUUAUGAAGGAUGCCGACCUUGUUGUUCACUGUUUUCUGUUCUUUUAUGGAAUCGUUAUUCUUUGAAAACAUCAGCCUGCUUCAUUGAACCUGAUUCUGCUUCAGUUAAAGUUAAUAAAUAUGUAUUUUAAACAAAAUCUGUGUUUGGUCUCUGGUCUAAUUAUAAGAAGUACAGCAGCUACAACCCCAACUAUAAACAGGAACUGUAUUUAGAAAGCUAAAGGAUAACAAGACCAUUUACACACCUAUAGCAACAAGAAUUUUGAAUCAGAUCUGCAUUGCAGAAUUAUCCAGCAGACAAAGAACAGAACUAAUUUAUUAUGAUCUAGCCUGCUGUUGUCUGUUAAUUAACUCAUGAUAAAGGUGUAAUAAUUACAUCCAGAAUUAUAACUUAAUUCUUAACAAAUGCCUCAACAGCUGCAGGUAAGUGGGGAGUGUGAGGUACUGCUGGGGCUGAGUUAAAUAACCAGUUUUCUUUUGUUUAAAACUCAAGAGAGUCCAGAGGCAUCCAGAACUUAACAUCACCAUUAAGACCCUUCAGAAGGGGCUGGCUGGAGGAUGAGAUAAGGGUUUCUCUUCAGUAAGGCCCACCACAUGUCUUUUAGAUCCAGUUCCUACUUCGCUUUUUAAACCAUUUUAUGAAUACUUUAGAGAUGAGAUUUUAACCAUGAUGAACUGUUCUCUUCAAACAGGGGUCUUUCCUGCUGCCUUUAAAGGGGCAGUGGUGAGGCCCCUGUUGAAGAAAAGAAACUUAGAUUUUUAGUGAUUUUAACAACUUCAGACC